CACCUCCCACGAACAUCCCAUCCUUUAUAUAAACAAACAAUUUCUCCGUCGCCUCUUUCAUUCUUUUUUCGCAGCAAAUUUCUCGGGUCCAUGCUUUUCUCUCUUCCCUUCGCCUCCAUCCAUAUCCAUCUCUCUAACUUGGAAGUGGUUGAGAAUUUGGGACCGGUGGGCAUUGUUUUUUCUUCUUCUUCUUCUGCAACGGCUCUGUUUUUUUCUUUCCCACAGGAAGGAAGCUUUGAGGGCUUAUUACAAGAUAGCCCCGAGCUUGAAUCUUGUGAGUCGUGAGUGAGAAGUUCCGAAGCUUUUGGAUAAUUCCCGGAGGUUUGCUUGCCUCGUGCUUUGUGGCUUUCCAUGAGUAGAUAGUAAGUGGGCGUCUUCCCUGCUUUGUUUUUUUGAGGAAGUCUCUACUGCGUGGUUGAAUUCUGGUUGCUUCUGCUGCACUGUGACUCUGUUCAAAGCGAAGUUUCGUCGUUUGGGGGCUUUCGGUACUCGCUAGGAAGUCGUCAUCAGAGCUGGUGAGUUUGAAUUAUCCGAGCGGAAGGUCUCAGUUGCUUGGGAAUGUGAAAUUGGAGUGAGAAAGAUGGCAACUUUCAGUGGUCUGGGGCUUGCUCUGAGCAUAAUCUUCGGUUUCCUCUUCUUGGCUUUUGUAGCGGAAGUGUACUAUUUGCUGUGGUGGAAAAGAAGAAGAGUAGCCUCAAGUAGUAGUAUUGCAGACGUCCCUGAAGAAGAAGACUACACCAAAUACGCAAAGGAAUUGCUCCAACUCAUCUGUUGGAGAAAGCCCUCUUCAUUCCAACACUCCACCAACACCAAUAACAGCAAAGCGAAUUCAGAAAAUGGAAAUGAUUUUGGUGCAAAUGAGCAUGAAACGGCAGACCCAGAAAUUGGAAACAGCAAGGACUUGCUGUCGAAGAGCCCUGGAGAUCAGGAGAGUGUGGACUCGGAGCUCAUGAGGCUCCACAACCUCCAUGGCCCACCGAGGUUCCUCUUCACAAUCAAGGAAGAGACCAGGGAGGAUUUGGAGUCCGAGGAUGGGAGGUCAAGGGGCGAUAAGAGCAGGAAAGGCUCAAGGACCAGGAGCUUGAGUGACAUAAUCUUGGCCCUUGACCAGACCCCGUUCCUCACCCCUCUGGCCUCACCUCCACUCAAGUCGUCAUCAUCCCUCAACCCCCUCGAGAGUUACAGCAACAACGGGUUUAACAACCCCCUGUUCGAGUCCUUGGCGGAGGCCGAGUGGGCUCGGCCGGCGACGUCGCCGCCGCCCAAGUUCAAGUUCCUGAGGGAUGCAGAGGAGAAACUGUGCAGGAGACUCAGAGAGGAGGCCGCUAAAAGAGCAGGUGGUCAAGAACGUGGCUUUGCCAAACCCUGCGGUGGCGAUGGAGACAACAGAGAAGGGCCUCUUGUGAGGAUCACUGUGGGCAAGAACGGAGAGAAGAGGGAGGUUCUUCGGAAUGUGAUUCCACAUUUCCCUUCAAAUGCUUCCCAGGUACUUCCGCUGGCAUCUUCUCCAACAGCUUUCAGGCCCCUAGACAAGUAACUCCAUUGUUCAUUGAUCUCCAUGAACUCUCUGUCUUAAUGGGUCCUUGUUCAUUCUUUCUUUUCAAAUUUUUUCCUUGGGAUAUGAUUGCUUAUCGUGUCGAUUCUAUUUUAAUCCGAAAGGGCACUUGAAUUCCUUCUGA